GCUCUCUCUGGUAACUGAAUAGCCAGUGUAAUCUGACACUUCAACUUGCCGUGCUCUACGGUAGUUGAUUCAGUCAGUCACUCACACCGUCUCCGGGGCUCUCGCGUCGUCUUUGUGAAGUGGAGGGAGCGAGCGAGAGGAGCACCGUAAACACGAGGUUUUGAGAGAAAACAAUACGCGGAUUUACCACUGAGGUCCUAGCUCAAAAUCACCGCUUAAGGAGGGGUCAGUGAGCGACCGUGCAAGAGGAAUACAUGAAGGGCAGGGUGGGGGAGGGGGUGGCAACCACAGCGGCAGUACCACCAAGGUCAAAGUUCACACAGACUCUGUGAUUGAUGAGGAUUAAGAAACCGAUUUUACCUGAUAGGAAACACAGGAACGUCCUCAUCCACACUGAAUAAAGAUCUUUUAAUGGCGUCCCGGUAGAGACAUCAAGAUGAACACGUUACCAUCAAUGGACCGGCACAUCCAGCAGACCAAUGACAGGCUGCUGUGCAUCAAACAGCACUUACAGAACCCGGCCAACUUCCACUCAGCAGCCACAGAGCUGCUCGACUGGUGUGGAGAUCCCCGGGCCUUCCAGCGACCUUUCGAGCAAAGUCUCAUGGGAUGUCUGACGGUGGUCAGUCGCGUCGCUGCUCAGCAGGGGUAUGACUUAGACCUGGGCUACAGGUUGCUGGCUGUGUGUGCCGCCAACAGGGACAAAUUCACUCCCAAGUCUGCAGAAACCAGCACCUGCAGGAGAUGUCAGAGUGACUCAGCCCUGCUGUCGUCGUGGUGCGAGGAGCUGGGUCGUCUCCUCCUGCUGCGUCACCAGAAGAACAGGCAGAACGAACCGCAGGGAAAAGUCCCCAUGCAGCCCAGCAUGAACAGCAUGAAGCCCGGCCUCACACACAGUGAUGGAUCCUUUCCCUAUGACUCUGUCCCCUGGCAACAAAACACCAACCAGCCCCCUGGGUCAUUGUCUGUGGUUACAACAGUGUGGGGUGUGACCAAUACGUCACAAAGUCAGGUGCUAGGUAACCCAAUGGCAAAUAGCAAUAACCCUAUGAAUCCUGGAGGUAACCCUAUGGGAUCAGGUAUGUCUGCCAGUGCAGCAGGGCUCAACUCACCCCAGUUCAAUGCUCAGCAGCAACAGUUUCCAAACAAAGGAGGCUCCAACCAACAGUACAUGCAGCAGGGCAUGUACGGAAGGCCUGGCUACCCUGGAGGUCCUGGGGGAUACAGCGGGAGUUAUUCUGGAGGCCCAAAUGCCCCUCCAGGAGGUAUGGGAAUGACCUCCCACUCACGUCCCCCUGGUGACUUCACCCAGCCAGCCGCCGCUGCUGCAGCUGCUGCUGUCGCUGCCGCUGCUGCUACAGCAACGGCCACGGCAACAGCCACGGUGGCAGCUCUGCAGGAAACCCAGAAUAAAGAUAUGAACCAAUAUGGACAGAUGUGUUCAUCGUUCCAAAUGGGCCCCACUCAGGCCUACAAUAGCCAGUUCAUGAACCAGCCUGGCCCACGAGGCCCCCCUGGAGGUAUGAAUCCAGCCAGCAUGGGAUCAGCCAUGAACAACCCUAAUAUGAGUGGGCCUCCCAUGGGCAUGAACCAGCCUCGAACCCCAGGCAUGGGGCCUUUUGGAGCUCACGGCCAAAGGAUGCCUCAGCAAGGGUACCCUGGUGGACCUCGACAGGGCAUACCCAUGCAAGGGAUGAAAAGGCCAUAUCCUGGAGAGGCAAGUUACGGGGGUCAGCAGUACGGGCCAAACAGUCAGUUCCCACCACAGCAGGGCCAGUACCCCACAUCGAAUGCCUCCAGGCCGCUGCCAUCUCCUAAUUACCCCGGCCAGAGGAUGCCAGGGCAGCAGGGCCAAGGACAGUACCCACCUGGCAUGCCCAUGGGCCAGUACUACAAGCAAGAGCCCUUCAAUGGUCAGAGCACCAACUUCUCUGGAGGUGGAUACUCCUACGGCCAAGGCAAUGGGCCCCCCAGGCCCGGUACCUACCCCCACUCCCCGGUCCCUGGAAACCCCACACCUCCUAUGACCCCGGGAAGUGGUAUUCCUCCGUACCUGUCGCCAAACCAGGAUGUGAAGCCCCCGUUUCCACCUGACAUGAAACCAAAUAUGACAGCACUACCGCCCCCUCCGACUAACCCCAAUGAGGAGCUGCGGCUGACGUUCCCUGUCAGAGAUGGAGUGGUGCUGGAGCCGUUCCGAUUGGAGCACAACCUGGCUGUCAGUAACCACGUCUUCCACCUGCGACCUUCCGUCCACCAGACCCUCAUGUGGAGGUCAGACCUUGAGCUGCAGUUUAAGUGCUACCACCACGAAGACAGGCAGAUGAACACCAACUGGCCCGCCUCCGUCCAGGUCAGCGUGAAUGCUACGCCCCUCACCAUCGAGAGGGGGGACAACAAAACUUCCCACAAACCGCUGCACCUGAAGCAUGUAUGCCAACCUGGAAGAAACACCAUCCAGAUUACAGUCACCGCCUGCUGUUGUUCCCACCUGUUUGUGCUGCAGCUGGUCCACAGGCCAUCUGUGCGAUCCGUCCUCCAGGGGCUCCUGAAGAAAAGGCUCCUUCCUGCAGAACACUGCAUCACCAAGAUUAAGAGGAACUUCAGCAGUGUGGCGGCCUCUGCAGGCAACACCACUCUUAACGGGGAAGACGGCGUGGAGCAGACGGCCAUUAAAGUGUCGCUGAAAUGUCCCAUUACCUUCCGACGCAUCCAGCUACCCGCACGAGGUCAUGACUGCAAACAUGUCCAGUGCUUCGAUCUAGAGUCGUACUUACAGCUCAAUUGUGAAAGGGGGACAUGGAGGUGUCCUGUGUGCAAUAAAACAGCAUUAUUAGAAGGCCUGGAGGUGGACCAGUACAUGUGGGGAAUCCUCAAUGCCAUUCAAAAUUCAGAGUUUGAGGAGGUCACUAUAGACCCUACGUGUAGCUGGAGACCUGUCCCCAUUAAGUCUGAGGUACACAUCAAAGAAGACCCUGACGGACCACUUGCCAAGCGCUUUAAGACCAUGAGCCCCAGUCAGAUGACCAUGCCCAAUGUGAUGGACAUGAUCGCCCAGCUAGGGCCUGGACCUGGCCCAGGAUCUGGACCUGGCCAUGGAGCAGGUCCCAGCCCCUACCCCCCACACCCUGGUCAUCAUGCUAGUGGCAACGGGGGAGAUUACCCUGGGGCAGGAAACAGUUACCACAGCCAAGGGAACUUCGACUUCCCUCACGGGAACCCCUCCGGUGGUGGGCUUGGUGGAGGAGGAGGUGGAGGAGGACCCCCUAUGAGUGACUUCAUCCAUGGCCCCCAACUCUCCCACCCCCCAGAUGGACCCGGUGGUCUCCUCUCCCAGGACAAGCCCCUUAACCACGGCAUGAAUGAUGCAAUGUCCCAUCCCGAUCAGUCCCAUAACUCCAUGCAGCAGAUCUUGCAUGCGUCUCCCCACCCUGGCAGCCAAACAGGGCUGCCCUUACAUCACAGUGGCCAGUCAGGGCCACCCUUGCACCACAGCGGCCAAUCAUCGCAGCCGCCUCGCCAGUCGCAGCCUCAGCCGCAGCCUCAGCAGCCUGGGCAGAACAGUCACCCCCACAGCGAUCUGAACUUUAACCCCUCCUCCUCAGACGGGCAGAUGGGUCAGGGAGCCCAGGAUAUGCCUGAACCCUCCCUGGAUUUGCUUCCGGAGCUGGCCAACCCAGACGAGUUACUAUCAUACCUUGACCCCCCCGACCUUCCCGCCAACAGCAAUGACGACCUUCUCUCCCUCUUCGAGAACAACUAGCCCUUCGCCUCCCAUACAAAUGCUCCUGCACCUACGGGGGUCGUGAUGUGUUUGACUGUCCGUCCACAGACACCUUACUGAGCUCCUAUCAACACUUCGAGCAGCUUCCUAUGCUCACACACGCACACAUGUACACAGUCUCUCAACAGAUAAUGUGUGGCAUAGGGGCGUGGCUAAAAAGAGGCGCCUGUUUGGGAACUCCAAGGGAGAAAGCAGGAACGCCACUCAUGCCUGCACCCUGUUUUUUUUCCACGUGUAAAGAUUCCACGCACCAGUUCCACCGCCUGACUCGAAACACACCAUUUUCAGCCAUGUUGGCGGGCACUAAAGUGAUAUUAUAUAUAUACAUAUAUGAUAUUUGUGACUUUUCAACUGAAAACUGUGCAGCUAUAAUCAUCAUGUGUAAACAACACAGGGGAGAGACAGAAGUGUUGUAGCUUUGUUUUUUUGUUUUUUUUAAUUUUCCUUUUGUGAAAAAAAAGCAUCGUCUUGUAAGAGUGUUUUUAACCUAUUUGAAAUGUGUUCUUCCAAAACUUUGGCACAUGCCAUGCCCUUUGACCCCCAGACUUCUGUGUGCACGUGUGUUUGUGUGUGUGUGUUUGUGUGUGACAGUUGAAUAACUGGAACUCAUGAGAAUCAGAGCACUGAAAGGACGAGCUAAAACGUCCUCCAGUGUCAACAGAGGAAGUGAGUGCACAUUGUGCAAUGUAGUGUGUGUGUGUGUGUGUGUGUGUCAGUGGGUGUAUAUACCUAUGUAUGUGUGUGUGUGUGUGUGUGUGUGUGUGUGUGUGUGUGUGUUUACAUGUCCUCUUUUGUUUGCCUGCAAGCGUAUGUGGAAGACAGUGGGGAGAGAAAGUCUGAGGCAGAGGAGGAAAGAAAUAUAUUGAAUGGAAGAAAGCGAACACAGUCCACUUUAAGAGCUGACUCAGUUCUUCUUCUCCAGCCAGUCUGCAGUUGUUCUUGUGUAUUUAUUGUAAUGUUUCGCUCUUCCUCAUCAAAUUCAGCACCAUUUUGUUCACAAGUGCAUGUGUGCCAAUGGCUCCUGUUGUCUUUGUCCAGCCUAAACGUGCUUGAUCAAAACAUUUUCUCUCAUCUUUAUAUUUAUUAUUUUAUUUCAAAUUCAUCAGUUGUUUUUAUUAUUGAUGUCCUUUUUUAUGUUUGUCUCACAUUAAUUAAUCAGAUACACAUCACCAAAGUUGUCCUAUGCUUUUCUAAGGUGUUGGGCCUGGAUAUGUUAUGUUGGUGUAAGAGCAGGAUUUCAAUAUCCUACAGACGUCUACAGAAGUUUUUAAAUCACUGUAUUUUAUAAAAACGUCUGUGUGAUUGUACUGAUCUUUCCUUUCGUCGUUUUGUUACUGUUGAACUGCAUCUUUUUGGGGGAAAAACAUCCUGCAUGAUCCAACAGUGUUUCCAGAGCUGUUGUAUAUACCCUUUGUGAAUACUUUGUGACUGUACAGUACUGUACCUAUCUAUUACUGGCAACUACAUGGUACUGUAAUGUCUGUCAAGGACUACACACACUCACAAACACACACACACACACACACAGAAUCCCUUAUAACCAGUCCAAUAUUGUAACGAAUUGAUCCAAAUGCACUCUCACUGGCCUUGUAAUGAGUACCUGUGUAUUGUGUACAGUUUUUCCAUUACCCUGUGACAAUGCAUCAGUGGAAAGGAAUAUUUGCUUUGCUCUGCAGGCAAUUUUUAAGAGGAUUUGUUUCAUCCUCUUAUAUAUAUAUAUAUAUUUAUAUAUAUAUGUAUAUAUAUAUACAUAUACAUAUAUAUAAAUCGGUCAGCUUUAAAUUAGCUGUUUUUUUCUGUCUAAAAGAUUGUUAAUGCAGCUUAGAGGUCUAAAUUCCUCCAAAAAUGAUUUGUUUAAUAUUAUUGGAACAAGUGACCUCAUCCUCUUUAUUUAAAGUGAGAAUGUGCAAAAUGUCUUCUGGAUUGUUUUGAGGCCUAAUAAUGAGCUUUUUGAUAACCAUACUUAGCAAAAAUGUGUGAACAUGAUUUGUGUAUUUUCAUCACAAUUUAUGUUGUUUUAAGUUAUUAUUUUUGUCCCGUGUUUUUAUGACAGGUAUAAUUUGGUUUACACAGUUUUAUGCAGUACAGUUAAUGGAUUUAAAAGUAUACUGUAUGUUGUUGUAUAAAAGUUCCCCCCAUUUUGAGAUUCAUAAUCCAUCUGAAAAACCAAAUAUGACUUGACUGAUCUUCAAAAUUGAUCACAUCACCUGCAUAUAACACAGUUGAAGGAUCAGAUGUUGUUUGUGUUCGUCUAUAUGUUUGUUAAAGACAAUGCACUGCCGCAGUGGGAUGUUUUAUUUCCCUACACAGUGUGUAACUGUAAGUGUGACCUUUCACAAAUUCAAGUCUUGUAAUUUGAGCGACACAAAUUGUACUGUCUGAUUGCAGACGUUGGAAAUUUGAGUUGAGGAUUUAAAAGCGAAUGCAAUUAUUAUUGUAAAAUGAAAUUUGGGGGAGACCCCCCCAUAUUUGCAUUACAAGGGGAGGUUGUGGCAGAGGGUUGGGGGUGGGGUGGGGUGGGGUAUGUAAGGGAUAUGUGUAUAUAAUGUAAAUGACAAAUAGAGACACGUUAACAGAAAUGUAUUCAUUUUCUCCAGGGGGAGUGUGCAUAGUGUAUUUAGAAAUUUGUAAAGCUUCCAUCCUCCUGUCAGACAUUGAAUUGGCAAAAUGAGUCUGUGUUUGAUUGUGUCUGUGCAGACCUCUCUAACCACGCCUGUUCAUUUAUGUAAGAUACUUUAUGUGCCCCUCCACGUGGGGUUUCCAAGAAAAAAAGACAUUUUUCCUUUGUGUAAUAUUAAAUUUCUGUGUAUUUCUCUAUUACCUGUGUACUUUAUAAAGGUGCUACAAAAUUAUUAAAACCUUUGAGGUAUAAUUGGGACUUGGAGACAUUGAGCUUUGAGUGGCUCUUAAGGGUUGUUUCCAAAUUUACAGUUUGUAAAAAAUUUUGUCAAAUUUAUAAUUUUUAUGCAAUUUGGCAAAAAUAUGCUAUAAAGGUACAAUCUGAAGUGAUUGGCACAACAAGUGGCAGUUGUCUCUUUGGUUUUGUACAUUCUAUGUACAAUCAUUUCAUAUUCUAAACUGGUCAAAACAUUGUGAUUUUUAGUCUUGCAAAUCUGUAUGUAGUUAGAUGACGUGACAUCCUAAUAUUUAUCUAAUAAAUAUGUAUUCAGAUGAAACACAA